CCCUUUCCUCCUCGAUCCAAAACCCGCCCCGCUCCGAUUCACACCGCACCCAAGCGCAAGCGGCUCACAGAGCUUGCUCUCCAUUCCGAUCCGAUCCGAUCCCAGCAGCAGCAGCAGCAGCCAUGUCGUCGUCGGAGCCGCGCCUGGUGUUGCCGCCGGGGUUCCGCUUCCACCCCACCGACGCCGAGGUCGUCGUCGACUACCUGACGCCCAAGGCGCUCGACGGCAGCUUCUCCUGCGUCGUCAUCGCCGACGUCGACCUCAACAAGACGGAGCCGUGGGAUCUCCCUGGCAAGGCGAAGAUGGGGGAGAAGGAGUGGUACUUCUUCUGCCACAAGGACCGCAAGUACCCGACGGGGAUGCGCACCAACCGGGCCACCGCCAGAGGGUACUGGAAGGCGACGGGCAAGGACAAGGAGAUCUACCGCGGCCGAGGCCGCGGCGUCCUCGUCGGCAUGAAGAAAACGCUCGUCUUCUACACGGGGCGCGCCCCGCGCGGCGAGAAGACGCCAUGGGUCAUGCACGAGUACCGCCUCGACGGCAAGCUGCCGCCCAACCUCCCCCGAUCCGCCAAGGACGAAUGGGCCGUCUGCCGCGUGUUCAACAAAGACUACUUGGCGGCCAAGCCUGCCCAAAUGGCGCCCGAGCCGACCAGCAUCCCCCUCGACUUGGACGACAUCUUUGGCGUGCCGCCGCUAGAGGACUCGGAGUACGCCGUCGACGAUCUCCUCCUCGACUUCAAGGGCGCUGCGGCGGGCAUGGGCCAAGUCAAGGCGGAGCAGCAGCAGGGGCAGGGCCCCAGCUACUUCUCCCUGCCGGCGGCGACCAACCCGCACGGGGCCGCGGAGCAGGCGAUACGUGCGCACUGCAAGCCGGAGGCGCCGGCGCCGCUGCCGAGCCCGUCGACACAGUUGAGCGGCGGCGACAUGUCGUUCCCGGAGGCGGACGACCUACUGCUGCUGGACGAUGAGGGAUUAUUCAUGGACUACUCCAACAUGUGGAACUGCUAGCUAGCAGCCAUAAACAAUACAGUACUAGUACUAGUACUAGUACUAGUAGUUCGAUUCGGUCACCGGCGGAGCUAGCUCGCCACCGGCCGGUCGAUCAUUAGUUAGUUGAUCUAUUGACUUAUUACUGUUAUAGUUGAGCGAGGUUUGGGUUCGUGAAUCUAGCCAGCUAUCAGCCGAUCGACGAGAUGGAUGGAUGAAUCGAGCUAGCUGAUGUGGUGUUUAAUUAUAUUAGGGGUGGGGAAUUAUAUUGAGUGAGACUGAUCGAUGAGCAGCGCAGCUGCCUGCCGGCCGGCCAAGGUCUGAUGACGAAUGUGUCCGGACCUCGCCGGCGUCGUCUUGAUGGAUGUGGAGUCGUUGUGUGUACAGGAUUACUAGUGGUAGCAGCAGCUGAUUAUUGGCUUCAAUAUUCAGACUGCUGAUAGAGUAGUAGACAUGCAGUGAGAUAAAUGAAUGCAGUUGAUUGAUUGGUUAAUUGUAUCUGAAUCAAUGUAAGUAAAUGCACUCCAUGGAUCAAUUCUACAGUAGUAGACAUGUGGCGAUUA